AUUCAAUGAAGAAGCACCCCGUAGACUCCGAUGGGCGGCUAAAGACGAACGGGAGUUGAGCCAGUGCUGCCUAGGCAGGUGGGCUGAAUCCGCCUCGUCCCUGCACGCUUCUGGGUCUCUACUUCUCUUUCGAUUUCUGGGGAGAGUAGAGACCUGGGAGGUGCCCCAAGCGCGGCUCUUCAAGACCCAGGCCGGCAGGAGCAGACGGGGACCCCCCCUUUCCAGUUGAGCCUUUGGUCUUGUUGGCUUUUGGCAGCCGCAAGUGAGCCGAGGGGGAUCUUGGAGACCCUUCGGAGGAUGGGGCGACCUGACUGAGGAGCGGACUGUUGUAUCCCCACCCAAGACCCAGGCGCCUGCUUUGGAAAGGGAGGGCGGAGAACUAUCUUAUCUCGUGCACGUCGAACUCCAGAGACUUGCCAAGACUUCUUCCCUGCCGUCGAAGAAGUUAGGAGAGGCGAUGGGAUUAUUGCGAGGGGGAAAGAUGCCUUUAGCCCGUUGGGCGUUAAGUGUCGUCGUCCUAUGCGAGGGAUAUUCCAGAAGGAAGCACUUAAUUUGAACUGCAUUGCACUGAGUAGAAAGCUAGCCUUCUGGCAUCCAAUGCUUCCUAAUUAUUUGCCCUGGGGAGAAGAGCGGAUGGCAGCGGAAGUUGAAGCAGAGGCUCUGGAGAGAAAGGAAAGGUGGGAAUGCUCCAAAUUAAAUAAACCAUACCGAGAAGGAAUUGGAGUUGCCUUUGGCCUCUACUUUCCCCGGAGGGAAUAUCAUGAGAACGUCUACCUUGACCAACCCAGCGGAACCCCCCUGCUACAGAUCCAUGCCUUGAAAGAUUCAGAGGAGGAGGAUACAUAUUUUUGGCUGUGCCCACAACUCCACAUCCCGCGAGCUGGAAGUAAAGACAAUCUCUGGUUUCAAAUCCAAGAGAAAACUGGACUUCUUUUCCUCAAUAAGAGCCUAGAUAGGGAGGAUUUCGAUAUGCUGUUUCCAGGAAUUUCAUCAUCGGUAUCAAAGCUGAUCCUCCAAGUUUUCGUCUCACCCCUACCUUUCCAAGGGAAGGAAUGCCAUGAAUCUUAUACCAAAGUAUUGGUGAAGCUUUCUGUUAUCAAUUCCACCAUGCCAGCUUGCAGUUAUGGGAUGCCAAGCCAGUUGUGUUUUGCCAAUAUGGACCUUUCUUUUCACAUCAAGGAGAACAAACCACCAGGGAUAUUUCAUCAGCUCCAGUCAUAUCCUCUGCAAAACCAGUGCCAGAAUGCAAGCAUUUCCUAUGAGGUGAUAGCAGAUAACGGUGUGCCAUUUCUUUACAACAUGGACACGGCCAGUAUCAGCGUGGCACAGCCUCUGGAUCGAGAGGAGCGAGAGAAGUAUGAGCUGAUUGCCAAAUGUACUGUGACAGAAGGUUCCAGGGAAACUUCCAAGGAGGUGCCAUUUCUUGUAGCUGUCUUUGAUGAAGAUGACAUGCCCCCCUUCUUGCCUAAUGACACGAACACAGCAGAUGCAGUUGUGGAGUUCAGCAGGAAAAAGGGCACCGUCAUUGCAGAGUUAACUGUCUAUGAUGCAGACACCACCCCUAUUUUCCCUAUAGAGAGUAGCAGGAAGAAGUACACUGGCACCAUAAGUACAUCUGAUCCAUGGAUCAAGGAGACAUUUCAAGUGGAGCACAACUUCCAUGAGAUCUUGUUCAACCGAAAUGGCAGCCAAGUGAGGGGAACACGACACGAGUACAGACUGGUGUUAGGCAAGAGCAUUUCAGUUACUGAAAGCAGCUCCCACCAGGUGGACGUUAUUGUGAACGACACAGAAUACCAGGGGCCUAACAAAUCCCUGAUGCUCCACUUCAAUGUCACCAUUCUUCCAAUCAGCAUCCAGUUUUCAAAUGUGACAUAUCAGUUCACAGUGAACAGAAAUGCUGCCAACUUUUCACAAAUAGGAAAAAUCUGCAUUGACAACUGCAUGAGGUUUUAUGGCGUCAACGUCACCUAUAGCUUACAGACCCCCAAUGUCAGCUGCUAUGCUGUGGAGAUCGCUCAGGGCCCUGAAGACCAGUAUGGGACCCUCUACGUGAAUGAUUCUGCUGUGCUACAGAGACCUGACUGUAAAGAAAUCCAGUACACUGUACUAGCUAAAGAAGAGCAGAGCAGGAAGGAAGCUCUCACCCAUGUUACCAUUGUCCUUGAUGGAUCACCUAUACAUACCGAUGAUGGUUGCCCAGACUCCUGUUCGAUGAGCAAGACCCGAUCGGAAUGUGAAGAGUGUGGUGGACUUGGAGCGCUAAUGGGAAAAUGCCAAUGGAGACAGGGAAGUGGUAAAGGAAUAACAACAAACUAUUCCACCUGCAGUCCAAGCAUCAAGACCUGCCCGGAUGCUAUCUGUGACGCUGUUGAGAGCAGAGAUAAAAAAAUAUGCCCUCAAGAUUGCACAAGGACCAACAUUGUUGGUGGCCACCAGAAAGGCCUGAAUGGACUGGGAAUCAAGGCAGGACAUGGAGUUUGUCACUGCUUUCCAGGAAUUAGCUGUUACUGCGAGAAAGAUGAUAUCAGAGAGCCAUUGUGUGAUUACAUGUGCAAAACUGUGAUUGCAGGAGGAGUCCUGCUAUCCUUCAUUAUUUCAGUACUCCUUUCUUCCUACUUCAUCCAUCGCUAUCACAAGAAUUCUCCAAAGCCACCUAUUGCUUCUGCAGAGAUGACCUUCCGCCGCCCUGCCCAGUCCUACCCCAUAAGCUACUCAUCGACAAACGUCCGUCGACCAUCAAUGGACUCUGAGAACCAGAUGUCAGUAGACACGUUUAAAAUACCUGAAGAUCCAAAGUGGGAAUUUCCUCGGAAGAACCUGGUGCUUGGCAAAACGCUUGGAGAAGGAGAAUUCGGGAAAGUCGUCAAAGCAACUGCUUUCAGGCUUAAGGGGAAGGCAGGCUAUACUACUGUUGCAGUCAAAAUGCUAAAAGAAAAUGCUUCCCAAAGUGAGCUGAGAGAUCUGCAUUCGGAGUUCAAUCUUUUGAAACAGGUCAACCAUCCACAUGUCAUUAAACUCUAUGGAGCUUGCAGCCAAGAUGGGCCUUUGUACUUAAUAGUCGAAUAUGCUAAAUAUGGCUCCUUGAGGAGUUUUCUGAGGGAAAGCCGGAAAGUUGGGCCCAGCUAUAUGGGAAGUGAUUCCAACAGGAAUUCCAGCUACUUGGACAAUCCGGACGAGCGAGCCUUAACCAUGGGUGACCUGAUCUCGUUUGCAUGGCAAAUAUCUCGCGGAAUGCAGUACCUUGCGGAAAUGAAGCUUGUACAUCGUGAUUUAGCAGCCAGAAAUGUCUUAGUAGCUGAAGGGCGUAAGAUGAAGAUUUCUGACUUCGGUUUGUCACGAGAUGUUUAUGAGGAGGACUCUUACGUCAAGAGGAGCAAGGGUCGGAUACCUGUGAAGUGGAUGGCAAUUGAAUCUCUCUUUGAUCACAUCUACACAACACAAAGUGAUGUAUGGUCAUUUGGAGUUCUGCUGUGGGAGAUAGUCACUCUGGGAGGUAACCCCUAUCCAGGUAUUGCUCCUGAGAGACUAUUUAACCUCUUAAAAACAGGCUAUAGAAUGGAGAAGCCAGAAAACUGCAGUGAAGAAAUGUACAAUCUGAUGCUUCGCUGCUGGAAACAAGAACCAGAUAAGAGGCCAACAUUUGCUGAGAUCAGCAAAGAAUUAGAGAAAAUGAUGGUAAAGAGUAGGGACUACUUAGACCUUGCAGCUUCCACCCCAUCCGACUCCUUGCUAUAUGAUGAUGGACUCUCAGAAGAGGAGACACCCCUCGUGGAUUGUAAUAAUGCUCCCCUCCCUCGAACCCUCCCUUCCACAUGGAUUGAAAACAAACUCUAUGGCAUGUCAUACCCGAACUGGCCUGAGGAGAGCCCCGUUCCACUCACAAGAUGCGAUGGCCCUAAGUCUGUGUUUUCAAGAUAUGCAAAUGAUAGUGUAUAUGCUAACUGGAUGGUUUCACCCUCAGCGGCAAAAUUUAUGGACAAGUUUGAUAGUUAACAGUUUCUUGGUUAAAAAAAAAAGGUAAUGGACUCAGGAGGGGAGCAAAUGUCCAAAGAACGGCCUUCCCUUUGGCUCAUUCUUUGCAUAGUAACAACUGGUUGAAGCUACAGGAACAUCCAGAAUGGGAAAUGUUCCCCUUACUUUUGGG